AAAUCUGACCGUGUGUCUCUGCCCUUAGAUGUCAGGUGAGUAAAUGAAUUCUCCUUUCCAAAUCUGUUUCUGGCAGUGGAAAGAUAAAGCGGCAAUGGUCUCCAGAGAAGCUCUAGCAGUAACUGGUUAACCCUUUCACUACACUGAAGACUUUUAUUCCUGUACCACUUUUUGGAAGGAUAACCAAAGUGAGCAUUAACCCCCUCCCUGCACAAUACUAGUUUUAUAUUGUUACUCUGGUAAGAACUUGGCAGAAAAUUACAGUGUUAAACCCAUCCCUUUUAAAUACAAUACAGAUACAAAAGAUAAGUGUCACUAUAUUAGCCCUUUCCCUAAAGAGAGAAACCUUGCAGAGCUUUGUCCCAUUUAUAAAUGAGCUCAAAAAGAUCCUGCAGAGCUUCGCUCCAUUAACUCUUACUCCUCAUCCCCCUUGGCACACUUCAUUAGCCACCUUGCUGAAGCUGAGAUAUUAAUUAGGAGGGAAGGAGAGGGCUCUUCAUUUUUGCAUGUCUAAUUAAAUGGAGCAGGCAUUUAAUUAGGCUCUAAUUACCCAAAGAUAAAUGGGGAGAUGAUACCAACCUCUUUCUGCCUUGUGUCACAGGGGACUCCCAUUUACAGGGAAUGCACAAGAGUGAAGUCUGGCUUGCUCAGCCCAACACACUGGAGAGCAGAGAAAAAUGAGAGCCGCAGGGAAGAUGUGCCAAGUCUGUGGUUGAAAAACAAGGAACAGGAGAAGCCAAAACAAGGAACUAGAACAGGAAGCCAAAGUGAGAAUAUAAUAGUGGGGCACAACUAAAGAGAGUAUGCUGGUGAGAGAGUACAGAAAGUAGAGAGAAAAAACGCACAAGAGUCAGAUAUAAGUCACAUAUACAAAUAUAUAUAUAUACAAAUAUAUGUAGAUGAAAAACAAGUAGUUGGGAGUUGGAACAGGAUGUGCGAUCAAGGUAAAAAUACCAAGAGAGAGUCUGCAGAGGCUUUCCUUGUGCAAAGUGAGACAUCGGAACAUAAAGGUGCAGAGGAAGAGUCUACAGAAACAUUCAACGUGCAGGAUCAAAGCUUAGAACGAGCUAAUUCAGAAAAAGAGACUGCAGAAACAUUUAAUGCACAAGAUGAGACAUUAGAACAGAGAGACACAGCAAAAGUGUCCGUAGGGACAUUCAGUGUGUCAGAUGAGGCAUCAGAACAAACAAACACAGAAAAAGUGACUGCAGAGACAUUCACGGUGCGAGAUGAGACAUCAGACCAGACGGAUACAGAAAAAGUCGAGGCAUCUGAACCAGGGAGCAAUAAGCCAGAGAACCAGGAACAUCCUAUGGCUGCUGGAGAUGAUGGUGUUUUUCAAGAUGAUGCAAAAGCACCUACAGAUGGUUUAGAGGGGAAGCCCAGAACCUGGAGAUCUGCUCCUCCUUCACCUAUCAGUGAGAGACGAGGUUUAUCUGACUCACUUCUGUCUCUUCACACUGAACAAUUCCUUGACCUUCUCUCCACUGCUCAAACAAGACGCCUUGAAGAGCAGAGAGCAGAGCUGCCUCCAUCACGUCCCCGGGCCAAGCGACACUUUUCUUUACCCACCUCACGCAACCUAUCCCUUCCUUCAGAUGAAAAAGGGCUGCUCAUAGAGCUCCACCGCAGGAGGAGGGGAUCAUGGACUGGGAGGAGUCUCAAAAAGAAACCAGCACCUUUAAAAAUACCAGCUCAAGAGGAGUUGUACAAUACCAUUAUAGGGCAUCAGGCUCAGCGGAUGGAAGACCAGCGCUGUUCUCCUCCACUCCCACAGGGUGCUGCUGAUCUAUUUGAGAUAUUAUUUCGUGUUCAAGGGAAUCGUUUGGAUGAACAAAGAGUGGAAAUGCCUCCGCCACUUGGGGGUGCCUGUUGAUCAGGCAAGAUGAAUGAAAUGUAUGUGUCCCCAUUUUUCUUGCUGGCAGCAUUCCCUAGCCAGUCUGUAAGGUAUCAGGUUGUUUUACACUGCUUUCCCUGGCAUCCCAUUUGGAGCACGAAUAGGAAACAGAGAACCACAUAAGUGGAAAAAUUUAUUUUUAUUCUAUGCUCAUUUUUUAAGGUCUGAUUAUUUCAAAACUUUUUUUUUCCAUCAAAACAUUGGAGGACGUGGUAGUUUGGAUUCUUAAAACAUGAAACUCUUGGAAAAGGCUCUGGAAGGAAAUGAAAUCAUUAUAUACAGAAUGGAGGAGAAUUUAUAAUCCUCACCAAUGUGAGGAUACAAAUAAGAAGGAUGAUCUACGGAAAUGAAUAACCUCUUUAUAAAAUUCCCCAUUAUGAAUGAAUUGUAUAAGAAAUCAAGAAAGUUACUCAGCCUAUUAAUUCAUGAUAAUGUUGACUUUCUUGUCAGUAAAAGUGGUUUGGAUUUAAGUUUAAUUAUGAACGGGAAGUGGGUGUGUUAGGCAGGAAACAUUGCCUUGUUUUAAGUGGCAUUGCCCCAAGAGGGACACAAGAUUUGACACUUGAUUACUGCUGCAAAAUCUCUUUCCUCCAGUAGCACCUUCUGCUGCAUUGUUUUCAUUACCCUUGUUUUAACUAAAAUAUAUUAAAAUUCUUCAUCAAACCUCUACAACUUUAAUAUGUGCUUGUUAGCAAUGUGAUCAGAUAAUCAGUAACUAGAUAUACAGUUAGCUACAUAAAGUGAAUUUUGUAUUUUGUAUUGCAACAUGCCCUUAGUUUACUCAUUGAUUCCAGUGGAAACAAUAAUCCUGUACAAUGGUAAGGUGUUUUUUUCCAUAAGCACUAUUCAUAUUUUACCAGAAAAAAACUGCAGCUUGAUUUUUUAUUGUUUCCAUAAAACAGUGUGUGCUUUUAUGCCAUGAUUGCCACAGUCGUCUCAGGCAGAAUCACAGAGAUCAAACUCACACUUUCAGGGGCUGUACAAACUUACAGUAUAUUCAAUAAAUAGUUUUUUUUGUUGCAA